AUGAUCGAAGAUUCUAGAAUCGCUCGAUCACCGACGCACCAGAGUGUGUAUAAGACACUGGUUCAGCCCAGCGUAACCACGAUCAACAGCCAAACUUAA